GGGGUGGGGCUCAGAGGUGAGUCUACUCCGCUCGUGAGUCUCGGUUCCACUGAUCCACGGAGUGCUUGUGGUUCUGCGCGGAACCUCCGGACGGACUCGAACCCUCAACCCGCCCGAGCCGUAGGGAGGCCGGCAGGACUUCGACCUCCAUUUCCGGGCCCGUGGUGACAGUUGUUUGGUGGAGGUGGAGGUGGGGGGUGUUUACGUGGUUAGCUAACAGCGGCUGACUUCUCUCCACGCACCCGCAGCCCGCGCGCUGCAUGUGCGGCAACAACAUGUCAGCGCCUUUACCUGCCAUCGUGCCUGCUGCCCGCAAAGCCACUGCGGCGGUGAUCUUUCUGCAUGGCCUUGGUGAUACUGGGCAUGGCUGGGCAGAGGCUUUCGCAGGCAUCAGGAUACCACAUGUGAAAUACAUCUGUCCACAUGCUCCCACCAUGCCUGUUUCUCUGAACAUGAGAAUGUCCAUGCCUUCCUGGUUUGAUAUCUACGGGUUGAGCCCCGACGCAGAUGAAGAUGCGAGUGGAAUCAAAAGAGCAUCAGAGAACGUUAAAGCCUUGAUAGACCAAGAGGUGAAGAAUGGAAUUCCUUCACACAGAAUUCUCCUGGGUGGUUUUUCACAGGGUGGAGCGUUGUCUCUCUACACGGCUCUGACGACUCAGCAGAAACUUGCAGGAGUGGUCGCACUGAGCUGCUGGCUUCCUCUGCGCAACUCCUUCCCUCAGGCGUCGGCCAGCAGUGCUAACAAGGACAUGCAUGUGUUACAAUGCCACGGAGAUGCCGACCCCCUGGUCCCCUUCAUGUUCGGUGCCCAGACGGCGGAGAAGAUGAAAAGUCUCAUCAAUCCUUCCAACAUCACCUUCAAGUCGUACCGAGGACUACCUCACAGCGCCUGUCCCGAGGAAAUGGUGGAUGUCAAACGGUUCAUCGAGAAGCAGCUUCCUUCCAUCAGCGAUGAAUGAACCUCGGGGAGAAUCUGUACAAAGCACAACACCAUCAGAGUCCAUUGUGACUUGAGGACUCAAUGAACCACCGACUUAUCUGUCAAUAAAAACCACGCUGCUACUCAUCGAGCCGGACGAGACCGGGAGCUGCUGCCCGUUCGCUCGGGAGAAGCACGACUGAAACGAAGCUGCUUCCUGAACCUGGAGCCACACACGAUAUCUCAGUGUUACAGUAGAGUAACUUUAGUUGCUUGAUUUUAACGCUAUUCGCCAUCGAGACAAGCCAUUAACUGCAGAACACAUGAACUGGAAUAACUAGGGCUACACGUUAUGGUUUAUUACUUACUAUCUUAAAAUAAAUGGCCUGUUGUUAACAUG